AUGAUGAACUUAAAAAUCCAGUGCAUUCUAGUUUUCUUCUCUUUUUAUGUGCAAGAGGGAUUGUCAGGGGAUUAUGAAGCACGCCUUGGAGCAAAUAUUCUUUUACAGAGAGUAAAACGUCAAAGCAAACCAACAAAACCAGUGCUGAAGGUGACAGACUACCAUGUCAGGUGUUCAGUGGUGUCCCGCUAUGCUGUUACCACAGUCCAGAGUUCAGUAUGGAACCAGCUCCCCAUCAUCAAGGAAGCCGCCUUUGAGGUGGACUUGCCCUCCUCUGCGUUCAUCUCUAACUUCACCAUCACCUCUAAUGGCAAGGUGUAUGUGGCCCAGGUGAAGGAAAGAGCUGCUGCCAGGAAAAUAUACGACGCCGCUAAGAAGCAAGGAAAAACAGCUGGACUUGUCGCUACCAAAGAGAGGGAGAUUGAGAAGUUUCGUGUGGCAGUGAGCGUGCCGUCAGGAGCUCGGAUGUCCUUCUCUCUGUCCUACGAAGAGCUGUUACCCCGGCGACUAGGCCGCUACGAGCUCAGUUUGGGUCUGAGGCCUGGGCAGGCCGUGCAGAACCUGACGUUAGAUGUAGGUAUAACAGAGCGGACGGGCAUCAGUUUCAUCAAAGUCCUUCCUCUCAAGACAACCCGACUGCUCUCCAACACCGCAAAAGGUGAUUCAGACGCCCCUCCCUCCACUCACGUCGAGCGGAGUGCUGGUUGUGCUCGAGUUCACUACAGUCCCAACCUGCAGCAGCAGAACAGCGUCUCCGCCAAGGGUCUGGAUGCAGACUUCAUCAUUCAGUAUGACGUGGACCUCAGGGACCUCAUAGGUGAUGUCCAGGUGUAUGAUGGCUACUUUGUGCAUUAUUUCGCACCCAGAGGGCUUCCUGUGGUUCCUAAGGAUGUUAUAUUUGUCAUUGAUAUCAGUGGCUCAAUGAUAGGCACCAAGAUAAAACAGACCAAGCAGGCCAUGAGCACCAUCCUCGGGGACCUUAGAGAGGGAGACCACUUCAACAUCAUCACUUUCUCAGACAAAGUUCACACUUGGAAGAAAGGACGGACAGUGCGGGCGACUCGGCAGAAUGUACGAGACGCCAAAGACUUUGUGAAGAGGAUCAUUGCAGAAGGAUGGACCAAUAUCAAUGCAGCUCUGCUUUCAGCCGCCCAGCUCGUAAACCCUCCAUCCUCUGGCUCUUCCAGCCACCUCUCAUCUCGUCGUGUCCCCCUGGUAAUUUUCCUUACUGAUGGGGAAGCCACCAUUGGGGUAACAGCUGGUGAAACCAUCCUCAGUAAUGCCAAGAAGGCCUUAGGCUCCGCCUCUCUAUUUGGUCUCGCCUUUGGAGAUGACGCAGACUUCCUCCUCCUGAAACGCCUGGCUCUGGAUAACCGGGGCGUAGCUAGGAUGGUGUACGAGGAUGCAGAUGCAGCCUUGCAGCUGAAGGGCUUCUAUGAUGAAGUAGCCAGCCCUUUGCUAUCAGACAUCCAGCUGUCCUACCUGGACGAUCAGGCGUUCGACGUCUCCCGCACCCUGUUCCCGAACUACUUUCAAGGCUCUGAGUUGGUUGUGGCUGGGAGGGUUAAACCAGGGGUCAAAGAUUUAAAGGUGUCAAUGUCCGCCACUGACUCAAAGCAACAUGUCAGGCUGGAGAAUGAUGUUUUGAUUUCUCAUGCAAAGGUGAAUCAGAGUGCAGAUUCACUGGAGUGUUCAAGUGGUGUAGAAGGUAUCUCCAGCUUUGUGAAACGCCUCUGGGCGUAUUUCACCAUCAAGGAGCUGCUACUGGCCAAACUGAACAGUACUGACCCUGCAACUCAGAGGCUACUCACAGACAAGGCCACAAAUCUCUCCCUCAAAUAUAACUUUGUGACACCAGUCACCUCUUUAGUUGUAGUUAAGCCAGAUGCAGACGAAGCAGCUCAAACUCCGACCACUGUAAAACCCACGGCAGCAGCCACCACGACCACAACAGCAACGACUACUGCUACUGCCAAAAUGUCAGCCGCUGGUGCUGCAAAGAAGCCCAGCCCACCUUCUCACCCCAGGUCGAACAAAACCAGACCAGGCCCUCCUCAGCCACCUCCAAAGACACCACAAACCAAAAAAAGCUCAUCAUCAACUUCCCCGGCAAAAACAGUGGCUUCACCGUCCAAGAAAACAACCACAACCUCAAGUCCCAGCUCAGUUAAAACUGCCCCAGCACCAUUAUCUGGUAAAAAGCCCACUCCUUCCCAAAAUGAUUCUAAAACUGCUUCUCCUCCUCCUGCCGGAAAGAUAUCCACAUCUGUGCUAAAUGCUCUAAAAACAGCGCCACCACCUGCACCCGGAAAAGUCUCCACCCCCCAGCCCAACGCCAUGAAAACAACCACUCCCUCUGUGCCAACAUUCUCCACCACACCUUUAGUCAGUUCAGUCAGAACCGACGCUGUGCCCCUGCCUGGCAAACACCUAACCCCACAGCCCAGCACAGACAGGACAGAUCUCCCUCCUGUCAAAGUGACAGCGCCCUCCACAGAGGCGGAGAACAGGAGCACAUCUGCUCCAGAUGUUCCCCAGCCUGGAAUCAUCACCGCUCUGCCUGAGGUGUCAUCUCCGCUCAUCUCUCCCACCCCGGCACCGGCACCAGCAGUGAAAGACAACCAGACGAACGCAGGCGACGACACAGACCUCAGCAUCGCCACCCUGGUGUCUGCCACCUUCGCUCCCAUGCCUGGUGUAACAGAUGGGCCGAGACUGUGGGAGGCAGCAGGGCUUCUGGAUGUCUCUACUUCCAUUCAGAUUCAGAGGAAAGAUAUUGACCUUGUGAAAGACUAUGAAGCUACUUACGACUAUGACUACGAUCUCAACUAUGAUGCCUGGGAUGACACUGCUGACACAGGAUCAUUUGUGCUUGGGAAUGAGGAGGACUGUCCUUUAGCUGAAUGUCUUGUGCUUUUAGAAUCUCCAUCUGGACUGAGGACCAUGAGGGUCCUCUCCUCCUCAGUUGAUGGAGAUCCACAUUUUGUGGUCCAGCUGCCAAAGCUGCAUCAGAACCUGUGUUUCACAGUGGACGGCAGGGCCAAUGACAUCCUCAGACUGUUAGAGGACCCAGAGAGAGGGACCAUUGUGGAUGGCCACCUGAUAGGGGCUCCCUCAAAGCACUGCGCUGAAGACCGCCCCCGAACCUACUUCGACCACCUCACCAUCUCCACAGCCACAGGCGGCUCUGGGGACAUUAUGAUCACAGUCUCAUUGGACACUGUCGUGGUGGAAGGUGAAGGGCGAGAUGUCCUUCCCAUCAAUCAGCAGGGAUCUGUGACGAGGCAGGGUGUGACGGUUGCCGUGGACAACCAUCGGAGCUGCUGGAUUGACCUGGCCAGGGACGUGCGGUUCCUGGUCCUGUUCCACCACUAUAAACAUCCCAGUUACCUACAGAUGGCUCACCUGGGCUUUUACAUCGCCGAUGGACGGGGGCUGUCUCCAUCAACCCAGGGCCUACUGGGCCAGUUUCAACAUGCUGACAUGAGUGUAACCGUGGUGAAGGAUCAUGUGAACGGAGGCGCUCACCGCGCAAACAAGGAAGCAGUUUUAGCCAGGGGGGUCCUGAGGUGGGGAUCAGAGCACAUGCCGGUCACCUUGCAAGACAAGACACUGAAAGACACGGUGCGGAAACGCCACCUGGGCAAGUGCUGGGUGGUGCCCAAGGCAGAGAUAGAGAGACUUCUGGGUCAUCCAUAUGAGAGCUACGUGGUGGGUCGUGUGUAAUUCUAGCUGAGUCAGCUCCGCCUUGGUGCCUCACUGCAGGUCACAGCAAUUAAGGCGGCAUGGUUAUUGGACAAAGAAUGAACGAGAACUGGGACUCCACAAGGCUAAAAUGACAUGUUGCCACAGUCUCUGAAUGAGGUUGUCAAAUAUUUUGUAAGGAGCAGUGACACACAGGUGUGGUUACAAAAGAGAAAAGAGGGGGUGGCAGAUUAGAGACUACAGUGGGGAAAAAAAAAGCUGUAAAUGAAGGAAUAAUGAGGACGUAUAGUUCGGCAAAUACAGUGAAGGACUGAAUGAUCCCUUUGUGCCUUCGCCUGAAUUUGAAUGGGACUCAAGCUCUGUGUUCUGUAUCUAUGACAGAGACUCAAUGUUCUGCUGGUCGCAUGGCAACCACAAAAUGUCCAUUUGUGCUGCAGCAAUCUGCUCUUACUCCAAAAUGUCUUGUACACUAACUAACUGUUCACAACUUCAAAGAUAUUUAUCAGAUUAUUCUUAGUUUCUUCUAUUUCAGAGUAAUGUGUAAUUAUUAAAACUAUCAUUCUGUAAGUUGUAUUUUUAGUACAAGUGUAUAUAAAAUACUAUUGUAUGUAUGUAUGUGAAGACAAUCCUCCCACAGGAGGUUACUCAUCCGGAUGUAGUGAUUGAAUCAUCAAAAAGAAACACAAAACAAAAUCGGGGGCCUUC